AGCCCCCGCUGGUGUGCCAGACCUACUGGGGCUUGUCCACCCAACUGCCCCAGACUCCGGCAGCGGGGCCCCCGAUGGCAGUGGGUACCUCCCCGUGAAACCUGCCAAGCUGGACGCCACAGCUCCGCACGACGACACUUUGGCCAACUCCGUGCCCCCUUUGGAGGUGUGCAACCAUGCAGUCCUAGCCUGCAGCCCGGGCAUCCCUGAGGAGCACUAUGUAAGCGAGGCUGUGGAAGAUGCUCCCAGCUGCAGAGGGUACCGGGAUGCCUGCACCAUCACCGACGUGUGCAACAGCACCGAUCUUCCGGAAGUCGAGAUCAUCAGCCUGCUGGAGGAGCAGCUGCCCCAUUAUAAGUUAAGAGCCGACACCAUCUAUGGUUAUGACCACGACGACUGGCUCCAUACGCCCCUCAUUUCUCCAGAUGCCAACAUUGACCUCACGACCGAGCAAAUUGAAGAGACGCUGAAGUACUUCCUUUUAUGUGCUGAAAGAGUUGGCCAGAUGACUAAGACGUAUAAUGACAUAGAUGCUGUCACUCGGCUUCUUGAGGAGAAAGAGCGGGAUUUAGAACUGGCUGCUCGGAUCGGCCAGUCGUUGUUGAAGAAGAACAAGACACUAACGGAGAGGAACGAGCUUCUGGAAGAGCAAGUGGAACACAUCAGGGAGGAGGUGUCCCAGCUCCGGCAUGAGCUGUCCAUGAAGGAUGAGUUGCUGCAAUUCUACGCCAGUGCUGCAGAGGACAGCGAGCCCGAGUCCGUGUGCUCCACCCCGUUGAAGAGGAAUGAGUCAUCCUCCAACGUGCAGAACUACUUUCAUCUGGAUUCUCUUCAGAAGAAGCUGAAGGACCUUGAGGAGGAGAACGUCGUGCUCCGAUCCGAGGCCUGCCAGCUAAAGACGGAGACUAUCACCUACGAAGAGAAGGAACAGCAGCUGGUCAACGACUGUGUGAAGGAGCUGAGGGAUGCCAAUGUGCAGAUUGCCAGUAUCUCAGAGGAGCUGGCCAAGAAGACUGAGGAUGCUGCCCGCCAGCAAGAGGAGAUCACACACCUGCUGUCCCAGAUAGUUGACUUGCAGAAGAAGGCCAAAGCUUGUGCCGUGGAAAAUGAAGAGCUGGUCCAGCACCUGGGGGCGGCUAAGGAUGCCCAGCGGCAGCUCACGGCCGAGCUGCGCGAGCUGGAGGACAAGUACGCGGAGUGCAUGGAGAUGCUUCACGAAGCGCAGGAGGAGCUGAAGAACCUCCGGAACAAGACCAUGCCCAACACCACGUCCCGGCGCUACCACUCCCUGGGCCUGUUCCCCAUGGACUCCUUGGCAGCAGAGAUUGAGGGAACGAUGCGCAAGGAGCUGCAGUUGGAAGAGCCUGAGUCUCCAGACAUCGCUCACCAGAGGCGAGUCUUUGAGACGGUGAGAAACAUCAACCAGGUCGUCAAGCAGAGGUCUCUGACCCCGUCCCCCAUGAACAUCCCUGGCUCCAACCAGUCCUCAGCCGUGAACUCCCUCCUGUCCAGCUGCGUCAGCACCCCCCGGUCUAGCUUCUAUGGCAGUGAUGUUGGUAACGUGGUCCUGGACAACAAGACCAACAGCAUCAUCCUGGAAGCAGAGUCAGCUGACCUGGGGAAUGACGAGCGGAGCAAGAAGCCCGGGACGCCGGGCACCCCGGGCUCCCACGACCUGGAAACCGCUCUGCGGCGGCUGUCCCUCCGCCGGGAGAACUACCUCUCGGAGCGGAGGUUCUUCGAGGAGGAGCAGGAGCGGAAGCUCCGGGAGCUGGCGGAGAAGGGCGAGCUGCUCAGCGGCUCCCUCACGCCCACGGAGAGCAUCAUGUCCCUCGGCACCCACUCCCGCUUCUCCGAGUUCACCGGCUUCUCGGGCAUGUCCUUCAGCAGCCGCUCCUACCUGCCCGAGAAACUCCAGAUCGUGAAGCCGCUGGAAGGCUCCGCCACCCUUCACCACUGGCAGCAGUUGGCCCAGCCCCACCUGGGGGGCAUCCUGGACCCCCGGCCCGGUGUGGUCACCAAGGGCUUCCGGACACUGGACGUUGACCUGGACGAAGUGUACUGCCUUAACGACUUUGAGGAAGACGACACAGGUGACCACAUUUCCCUCCCGGGCCUAGCUACCUCCACGCCAGUUCAGCACCCAGAGACCUCAGCACACCACCCUGGGAAGUGCAUGUCACAGACCAACUCCACCUUCACCUUCACCACAUGUCGUAUCCUGCAUCCUUCAGAUGAGCUCACGCGGGUCACGCCAAGCCUUAACUCGGCUCCAACUCCAGCUUGUGGUGGCACCAGCCACUUGAAGUCCACGCCGGUGGCCACCCCGUGCACUCCACGGAGACUGAGCCUGGCCGAGUCCUUCACUAACACCCGCGAGUCCACGACCACCAUGAGCACGUCUCUGGGGCUGGUGUGGCUGCUGAAGGAGCGGGGCAUCUCCGCGGCCGUAUAUGACCCGCAGAGCUGGGACAGGGCCGGCCGGGGCUCCCUCCUGCACUCCUACACCCCCAGGAUGGCGGUGAUCCCCUCCACCCCACCCAACUCGCCUCUGCAGACACCCACGUCUUCCCCGCCCUCCUUUGAGUUCAAGUGCACGAGCCCUCCCUACGACAACUUCCUGGCUUCCAAGCCGGCCAGCUCCAUCCUGAGGGAGGUGAGGGAGAAGAAGAACGUCCGGAGCAGCGAGAGCCAGACAGACGUGUCCGUCUCCAACCUCAACCUCGUGGACAAAGUCAGGAGGUUUGGCGUGGCCAAAGUGGUGAACUCAGGGCGAGCCCACGUCCCCACCUUGACUGAGGAUCAGGGACCUCUCCUCUGUGGGCCCCCGGGCCCAGCCCAGGCCCUCGUCCCCGGGGGCCUGGUCCCCGAGGGCCUGCCUCUCGGAUGCCCCACGGUCACGAGUGCCAUCGGCGGGCUGCAGCUCCACAGCGGCAUCCGGCGGAACCGCAGCUUCCCCACCAUGGUGGGGUCCAGCAUGCAGAUGAAAGCCCCCGUGACUCUCACCUCGGGCAUCUUGAUGGGUGCUAAGCUCCCCAAACAAACUAGCUUCCGGUGAGGACGGGAGGGGGGCCCUUCCCCUGGAGGAGACCCGUCUUGCUCCUGCCUCCCUCUCUCCCCCACUGCACUGCGCGUUCUCCCUCUCCCCCCCUCCACCCCCUCCCCUCUUGAGCUAGACAAA